AUUGAGACAGACACAAAAUUUCAUCAUAAUCCAUCAAUAAAUUCUAUGAUGAAAACUGAAGAAAAAUAUCCACUAUUACUUGUCUAUUUAGAAGAUGAUAAAAAUAGUAAACGAUCAGAACGAAUUGCAGCUGGUGCAACGGCAGUCAUUACAAAGUGGCCAAAUGAUAUAACAGCAUCAUGUUGGUUGGGUCUACUGUUAGUUACUUUUACAAUAUUUCUAUUCUUUUUAAUGGCAUUAUCAUUAAAUAUUGAGCAACAUCAACAAAUAUUGUCAUCCCACAUCAUAAUUGCAAAACUCAAUGAUCAUGAUAAUUUACGAUGUUUAAAAACAAUCGAUGAUGAAAUAUCAAUCAGUGAUAGGAAUAUUUAUAUAACGCACACAUCAAAUAAAUGGACAGUUCGCGAGCAUAACACGUUAAUUUCAUUAUUAAGCCAUUAUCACGAUUUAAAUGUAACGUUAAUUGUUUUAAAAAACUGCAAUCCUUUAUCAAACUCGACAAAAAAUAUUGAAAAUAAAUUAACUCAUUUAUAUAAAGAAUAUCCUAACUUGAGAAUUAAAUAUUACAACUGUUUGGAUUAUUUCAAUAAAACUCCAUUAUCGAAAUGUUGGCAAAAUUUCAGUGAGCCAUUAAUAAAUUUUGUAACGCGAGUCUUAAAUUUAUUUGAAUAUUCUGGUAUGAGUUUUAAUUUAAAAACAAAAUUAAAUAAUAUUACCGAUAUCAAAUCUUCGAAAUUAAUAAAACGUAACACGAGUAAUAAUGAAAGAUCACGACGGUAUAUUAUUGAUAGAAAUGGUGUAAAUAAAACAAGUGAUCAUAAAAAUAUUAUAUUUCCAAAUAUUAAAAUGAUACCAAUGGAUGCGGUAACACUAGACUUGGAUGGUAGUUUUAUGGCAACACGAACAAUAUGCCAUUCAUUUUUUGAACAUAUUUUACAACAAUUAAAAUCACAUUGUCAUCAUAAUUUAAUUAGUGUCCAAAAAUUAAUCACGGAUUCAUUGCAUGUGUUUUGUAAUAAAAGUGUGAGUGAUGAUAGUGGGGGUAAUAUAACUAGUAUUAAAUAUUGUGAUAUUUAUUAA